AAUGAAAUAUCAACAUUUUAAUGUAGAUAGAACGGUUGGCUUUCAAUUUGAAAAUGAAGAAGAAAUCAGUUGCUUUGAAAAUUUUAUGAGAAAGGGCUGCAAAGGCGCAGAAAGUAGCAUCCUCAUUGACUUCAACACCAAUUAUCAUUGAGAGUGUAGCGGCAAAUCAGAGUAGUCCUCGUGAUGUAAGUGAGAUACGACCUGAGAUAGAAAGCAUGGAAUCAAAUAUAGGAAUCACUGAACUUGAACCAAAGAUAGCAAGCACAGAACCAUCCUCUUUGCCCCCAAUCAUAGAAGAUGAUGAAUCGGAAGAUGAUGGUGAUAUUUAUGAUCUUGAGAAGCUUCCUCGUGAUCCUGAUGACUUAAAUCAUACUUUGCAAAAGAGGGAUCAAGAUAUUGUUAAUGCAAUAGAGCUCAUCUAUGAUACAAAGACUCAACUACAGUUUUUGCGGGAGUAUGGUGGAUGGGCAGAUUUUUUUAAAACUGUCAAUUCCUUUUGUGACAAGCAUGGCAUCAAAAUUCCUAGUAUGGAUGAUUUUUACAAGCCAGUUGGAAGAGACAGGAGGUUCUUUCCAAAAGCUAAGAAUCUACAUCGUUUUCAUGUCGACAUGUUCUUAAGUGCCAUUGAUAGGAUAUUGCGAGAGCUUAAUGACAGAUUUGAUGAGGUAAAUACAAAUUUGCUUCUUUACAUUGCAUCAUUCAAUCCUGUUGAUUCAUUUGUUGCGUUUGACAAGGAUAAAUUGGUUAAGCUUGCUCAGUUCUAUCCUAAUGAUUUCUCAAGCAUUGAAAUGAUUCAUCUUCGUUUUCAACUUGCACACUUUGUUACUGAUAUGCGUAGAGAUGAAAGGUUUAGAGCAGUGAAAAAUCUUGUUGAGCUAUCCAUUAUGCUUGUUGAAACAAAGAAGAAUCUCAACUAUGAUAUAGUGUACAAGCUUCUCAAAUUGGUAUUAUUCUUCCUGUGGCAACUGCUAGUGUUGAGAGGGUAUUUUCUUCGAUGAAUUAUGUGAAGAAUAAGUUGAGGAAUAGAAUAGGGGAUCAAUAUUUGAAUGAUUGCUUGAUUACCUUUUUGGAGCGUGAAUUUUUUUGUCCAAGUCAAGGAUAGUGACAUCAUAAAUCGGUUCCAAGCUAUGAAGAAACGCAAAGUUGAAUUGUAAUUUUCUUUACAUAUUUUGUAAUUUGGACUAUUUGGAUCAUUUGUACCCUAAUUUAAGCUAUUGUGGACCAUUUAUAUUUUGGAUGGAACAAUUUUUUUUUUGCUUGAAUACCCAGUUAUUAAAUCCUGGGUCC